AUGCGGGUUAUCUGCGCUCAAAAUGCACCGGUGCUUGUACUAAGACGGGCUUGGCUUUCUGGUGCUCGGAAGUGGGGCGUUAGACUUCCUGAUGAAGGGAAAGGGAAGGGGAAGGGAAAAGGGGAAGAGAGAGAGAAGGUGGAGUUGCUUAAUGCUUCUAUGCCGUGGAUUGGGGAAGGGAAUUUGAAAAUCGGAGUUGGAGGUGGGUUUCAGCUAGAUUUGGAAUUCAGAAAUGCGCUUGCGCUUACCACGUACCGCUUUGCGGGGAGGGAGAGGACAUCGAGUAUCCCAGAACCGCACAUUUGUGAUGAACCACCACCCUAUAGUGAUGUUGCUGGUGAUGUAGAAGAAGAAAGGAGAUCGACCCAAAGAAACGAGAAAGAUGGCCUCUUCCACGAUUCAAAUUAUGGAAAUGCCUCACCAGAGCAAAGCCCGCCAGAUAUAAGAACCCAGCCUGACUCUGCGUCUAUACUUCCAUCCUACGCCUCCGCGCGUCUCAGCUCCAGCAAUACCCUUCGAGACCUACUCGAUGCAAUCGAGCCACCUGAAGACCCAGCACCAGCCCCAGAAUUAGCACCAACCUCUCCAUUCGCACUGUCGAGUUCCGGCUCAAGAUCAAGGCCCAGGUCUGGGCACGAGACAGCAGACAUCAAUACCGGCCAGAGGGUCGAGCUGAAAGUGCUGCAGUCUGCUGCGUCGGGGACGGGUGUGAUGAUGGGUAAUCAUAGGAUUAUGUAUAUUACUCGGCAUAAUGCGAUGGAUUAUAGUAAGUCGAAGUCGAAGCUGAAGGCGAGGUGGGAGGUUCAGGUGGCGGAGGGGGUGGAUUUGUUGCUGGUGAGUUUGUCUUUGGUUCUACGGGAAGUUUGUUGUAGGGUUCGGGUUGAACUAGUUGUGCUGACGGUUAUGUUUUGA